UGUUCCCUUCUGCUUUGUCCCUUCCUGCUGCCCCUUGCCCCACCUCUGGAGCCAAAAGGAAGGAUGUGGAGGAAUGAGUGUCCCCCUGUUGGCUUUUAGAACAUGGGCACUUUUGUAAAGAUGGAGCUGUGAUCCUCAGCUGCGUGUCUUACAGAAGGGACCUGAUGUUUUACGUUAUUGGUGGGAUCACAGUAUCCGUUGUAGCCUUCUUCUUCACCAUUAAGUUCCUCUUUGAGCUUGCCGCACGUGUAGUCAGCUUCCUCCAGCAUGAGGACCGGGAGCGCCGAGGGGAGCGAACUAUUUAUGACUACGUGCGAGGCAACUACUUGGACCCCCGCUCCUGCAAAGUCUCCUGGGAUUGGAAGGACCCCUAUGAGGUGGGCCAUAGCAUGGCCUUCCGAGUGCAUUUAUUCUAUAAGAAUGGGCAGCCCUUCCCUGCUCAUCGGCCUGUGGGGCUGCGAGUUCAAAUCUGCCAUGUGGAGCUAGCAAUGGAUAUUCCUGUGACCCAGGAAGUCCUUCAGGAGCCUAAUUCCAAUGUGGCGAAAGUGGCCUUCACUGUGCGCAGGGCUGGGCGAUAUGAAAUUACCAUAAAGCUCGGCGGCUUGAAUGUGGCCUACAGCCCCUACUACAAAGUGUUUCAGCCAGGGAUGGUGGUUCCCUCCAAGACCAAAAUUGUCUGCCACUUUUCCACUCUGGUGCUGACCUGUGGGCAGCAACACACUUUGCAGAUUGUCCCCAGAGAUGAGUAUGAUAAUCCCACCAGCAAUUCUGUGUCCCUGGUAGAUGAGCACAACUACAGCCUUUCCAUCCAUGAACUGGGUCCCCAAGAGGAAGAGAGCUCUGAUGUUUUGUUUGAGAAGUCUGUGACAUCCAAUCGACAGACUUGCCAAGUGUUCUUGCGUCUCACCCUGCACCGUAGAGGCUGUUUUCAUGCUUGUAUUGCCUACCAAAACCAGCCUAUUAGCAAUGGCGAUUUUGACAUUAUUGUCCUAAGUGAAAAUGAAAUGAACAUUGUAGAACGUAAUGUGUCCACAUCAGGGGUCAGUAUCUACUUUGAGGCCUAUCUUUACAACUCUACUAGCUAUGCCAAUACACAGUGGCACCUCCCACCCAUGCAUCUGGGCUCCUCCCAGCGCCGUCUUUCUGCCACCACUGAAGAUGAGGAUGAAGACUCUCCAUCUGACAGCCAAACUCCAGAGAAAGUGAAGAAACCUAAAAAAGUAUAUUGUUAUGUGUCACCCAAGCAAUUCUCAGUGAAGGAAUUCUAUUUGAAGAUCAUUCCCUGGCGCCUCUUCACAUUCAGAGUGUGUCCUGGCACCAAGUUUUCUUACCAUGGGCCUGAUCCUGUGCACAAGCUGCUGACUCUGGUGGUAGAUGAUGGGAUCCAGCCCCCUGUGGAGCUCAGCUGCAAGGAGAGGAACAUCUUGGCAGCCACUUUCAUUCGCUCUCUGCACAAAAACAUAGGAGGCUCAGAGACCUUUCAGGACAAAGUGAACUUCUUCCAGCGGGAGCUGCGUCAAGUGCAUAUGAAGAGACCUCACUCCAAGGUUACGUUGAAGGUCAGCCGCCACGGCCUGCUGGAAUCUUCUCUGAAAGCAACACGGAAUUUUUCCAUUUCUGACUGGAGCAAAAACUUCGAAGUGAUUUUCCAGGAUGAAGAAGCACUGGACUGGGGAGGCCCCCGAAGAGAGUGGUUUGAGUUGAUCUGUAAGGCUUUAUUUGACACCACCAAUCAGCUCUUUACCCGUUUCAGCGACAACAACCAGGCUUUGGUUCAUCCCAACCCCGUCCGGCCCCCACAUUUACGGCUGAAAGUGUAUGAAUUUGCAGGCCGCCUGGUAGGGAAGUGUCUCUAUGAGUCAUCUCUUGGAGGAGCUUACAAGCAGCUAGUGCGAGCUCGUUUCACCAGGUCCUUUCUGGCUCAGAUCAUAGGACUGCGCAUGCAUUACAAGUAUUUUGAAACAGAUGACCCAGAGUUCUAUAAGUCCAAGGUUUGUUUCAUAUUGAACAAUGAUAUGAGUGAGAUGGAACUCGUCUUCGCUGAGGAGAAAUACAACAAAUUGGGGCAGCUGGAGAAGGUGGUUGAGCUGGUAACUGGAGGGGCUCAGGUCCCAGUAACCAAUGAAAAUAAGAUCUUCUACUUGAAUCUGCUUGCCCAAUACAGACUGGCCAAUCAGGUUAGAGAAGAGGUGGAUCACUUCCUGAAAGGUCUCAAUGAGCUAGUUCCUGAAAAUCUCUUAGCUAUUUUUGAUGAGAAUGAGCUUGAGCUGCUGAUGUGUGGUACUGGAGACAUCAGUGUCUGUGAUUUCAAGGCUCAUGCUGUGAUGGUGGGAGGGUCGUGGCACUUCCGAGAAAAGGUCAUGAGGUGGUUUUGGACCGUGGUCUCCAGUUUCACACAGGAGGAACUGGCCCGUCUAUUACAGUUCACAACUGGUUCCUCUCAGCUGCCUCCAGGAGGGUUUGCUGCACUCUGUCCAUCUUUCCAGAUCAUUGCAGCUCCAACCCAUAGUACUUUGCCGACAGCACACACCUGUUUUAACCAGCUGUGCCUCCCUACUUAUGACUCCUAUGAAGAAGUGCACAAGAUGCUGCAGCUGGCCAUCAGCGAGGGAUGUGAGGGAUUUGGCAUGCUGUGACUCCCCUUCCACUUCCUUGCUCCUCAGGGCAAGGCAUAGCUCCAGUCCACUCUCAUUCUUCCCUUCACAAAGCAAUGGGGACACAGCACAGACCCUGUCCAAAGGGGAUCAUCCUCCAGAAUCUGGCAUGCAGUCUUUCCGUGUCUAGAGUACAUCACCAAGAGCUCGCCUCAUACCCUCCCCUCACUCCCAUCUCGGUUCAGGGUAGUACAGCGAAAGAGCUGUGGUGCAUUCGUCAGGGUGAUAUGGCACUGGGAUUGCCCCAAACUCUCUGCAUUUGUCCCUCUGGGAGCAGGGAGUGCCUGUGAGCAGGAGUUGCAGUUUAGUACAGAAGGAGGUCUGUGUAGCAGUCAUUACUGUAGCUAUUUUUGGGGAGGACCAGCUUGAAACUUUGUUGGAGAGCUGGCGUGUGAGAAGCCUUAACAUGUUGCCAUGCUUUGGCCCAAGUCCUUCUCCUGAUGCUCUCCUGUAGCUUAUGUAACUACUUGUACUGCAUGUUUCUGAAGGACACAGGCUUUGUUCCCUAUUCAAUACCUGACCCAUUAGGGCUUCCAGUUCUCUUCCUCUCACUUGCACUGGAAGCUGACAUCUCUUGCCCUUGCUGGAGAGGAGGAAGAUUAGCAUCUGCUAGAGAGAGCAAUCCAAAGGCACACUCUCUCAUUAGAGCACAAGCGCUGACCCUGGCAGUGACACUGUACUGCCUCUACAAGGGCUAGCAGCAAGAGCAUCCUUCUGUACUGGCAGUGACUGGUACAGGCCUCUGCUACUAAGCUGGAAGAGGAUAUUCUCCUUCAGUAAAUGUUUCUAACAUUUGACCUAAAGUGGUACAGGAAGCUGUCCUGCAUCCCUUGCCUUCCUUUCCCUUCCUCAGGAGAGGGGAUGAGUAUCUGUGUGAGCCCUCAAUGCUGAGCACAAAUGUCUCUCCAGUGUUCACCUUCGUGGCACGUGUGUAGUAUCAGGCCAGCUGGCCAGCAGGCAGCUACUACUGUGUGCACUGGGCUUCUGUUUGUACAGAAUUACAGUUGGGGUGAUGGUAUUGGACAGAACCCAGUACCUCAGCCCCUGACAUUCCACAGGGUCUUGGCUUCUACCUCUAUCACAUGGCAGCCAGGGGCUCUGCCUGAAGUAUGCUGGAGGAAGAAGGGAGUGCUUCCCGGAGGGGUGUUGGUGCCUGGAGAGCAGCUGGCCUUCUCUCCUACCAAUCCUCUGCUGUUCUCUUCCAGAGCACUCUUCCUUGCUAUUCCUUCUAGUGCUGCUGGCUUUCCAGCACACAGGGUACUAAACUGGAGCGUCUCCCAAACAGAGAUUGAAUAGCCCAUCAGGUGGCAUGUUGCACAACCACUGCCCAAAUUAUAGUUUGGGAAUCAGUAAUGAGCAGUAAAUUUAUAGCUACCUGGUUCUGUUACCUGUGACUAUCCACUCAGCUUCUCCCAUCCCAGCAAAACGAAAGGGUGAGGAGUCAAGGAUCUUACUUGGCAAUCUUUCCAGUUUCAGCAGUGAGACCAAAAUCUGAACAGAUAAUUGAACUCCCAACUUGUCCUUAAAGUGCAUCUCUCCAGGUCAAGACUGGAAGCACAUUGGUGAGUGACUGGCAUAUGAGAAGAACCUGUGCUGUAUGCAGUCACUGGAAUGAGUAGGAUUCAGGUUCUUAGGUUCAUCUCUUCUAAGAGCUAAUUUUAGAAAAAUAGAUAACGUUAAAAAUUGUGCCAUCACCCUCAGUUCCUUUAUUCUGUGGAGCUGGAGCUGUCUUAAACAGGGCAGGACUUGCGGGGUAUGGCUUUUAAGUUGGCUUUUCACUUUUCCAAUACAACUCAACUAAAUGAAUUAGAACUCUUGGGAAUAUUCUAGACAAAUGUCUUUUUAUUAAGGCAGUAUCUUAACUGCUCUUAGGGAGAGUGCAGCAGGGCCAACAGGCACAGCAGGCCCUUGGGCCAGGCGGGAGGGGGGCCUGAAUCCGUGCUCCCUAAGGGGUGAUGACAGAAGGGGCAAGACCAAGGGUAGUCAGCCCUUAGUACCAUCCAGACUCAAAGCUACAUGGAAUAGAAAGCAAUUCAAGGGGGCCAAGAGCUCCAGUCGCUGCUAAAGUAGCAGCAGUGGUGGCUGGGAUCUCUGGGCUCCUUUGAAAUGCCGGGUCCCCAUGCCGGGUCCCCAUGCAGUUGCCCAAUCUCCCACUGUUGGCAGGCCUGGGAGAGUGCAUCACAUCUCUACAGAAAUAUAAGCUAUUGUGGUGCCCAAUCCAGCCAGAACUCCAAGCAUUCUGUAAAGUAUAUUAAUUCCCCUUCAGGAAUUGAAGUGCUGAGAGAGAGCCUGAUACAUAGCUGGUGCAGUUCUUCCCUGACUGAUCACUUUAGCAAUGGCUACUUUGUCCCCUUUUUAAAAAAUACUCUCCCUUUGUGUAAUGCUCUGACCUCCUCUGAGUGGAGAGUGUGGUUCCAACUUAUUUGCACUUUGGGUGGUUUCUAUAGUCAGUACAUUUGGGGCUUGUGUGUACUAUUCCACUCAUGCACUGCUCUUUCUAGAGACCAAAAGAAGGUGGCACUGUUGCUUUGCUCAACUCCUAUUGGUUGAGGAGGUGCAGCAUGUUGCUGUUCCCUCAUUGCAGUCUUAUGUCUUGUUCUUUGGCCUGGCAAGGGGCCUUUUGAACCUUGUGGUUAUAGGUUAAUUCUGCUGAUGACAUCUUCCUCAGGAAUCUUUUCCCUCCUUCUCUAGGGCUGAACUGUUUCUACAUUGAGGACAGAGUGGCUAGACAUUGAAUAGCUUUAUCUGCUUGAAACAGCUCCCUGAUCCUCCUUGCAGUUCAGCCAGCACCCCUUGUCUCCGUAAUUAUACAGAUGCCAAGGAUUUUCUUUCAAUACAAGUGCAGUCAGAAAUGUGGUGGAUGCUAUUAAUUUUUAGUUGAAAACCUUUCUUUGUUUCCAAAGGCCUUUAGCUGGUCCCAUUUCUCCCAAUGCUCCACCACUUCUGUGGUAGAGGAUCUUUGUCUCUUAACCUCUUCCUUCCUCUUCCCAUCACACCCACCUUAUAUGCUGCCCUUACAGUACCAGUGCGGGGCAAUGUACGGAAUGCACUGUGGUCAACUGUACUGUAUGUUUUCUGCUGCAGAGGCUCCUUAGUUGAUCCCUUAAACCCACCUAAUAGAGACGCUUCAGUAGAAAGUUUUUGGUUCAGGGUACUAGCUCAGACAGAUUCCUCACCUCUCUGGAGCUGCUGUAGACCUCACAGGGCCUGGCCUCUGCCUGUAUUUGAGGUUCAUGAUGCAUGUUUUAGAAAUCAGAGACUAAAAGAGAGAGGCCAGGCCCCAGCUCCAGCUGGCAAG